CCCGAGUCACUCAUCCUUUAAGUAAGUAGGGUGGGGCUAGGUGCGCGUGCGCGCUUUUAAUACUCCUCCCUAAACUGCCAACUCUUCGCGCAAGCGAGGUGCGCCCUCCCUGCCAGGGUUUGCGCGUGCGCACUAACGAGCCUGGCCCUGGAAACCCGCACGCCUGCGUGGUGGUGACUACGGUGACGGUACCCCUGGGCAGGGCGCAGGCCAGUCAUGGCGGAGCCCUGGUCGGGGCAGUCCUUGCAAACUCUGCCGGCCACGGUGUUAGGGGCGCUGGGCGCUCUAGGCAGCGAGUUCUUGCGGGAAUGGGAAGCGCAGGACAUGCGCGUAACCCUCUUCAAGUUGCUGCUGCUGUGGUUGGUGCUAAGUCUCCUGGGCAUCCAGCUGGCGUGGGGGUUCUACGGGAACACGGUGACCGGGUUGUAUCACCGCCCAGGUCUGGGCAGUCAGAACGGAUCCACACCUGAUGGCUCCACGCAUUUCCCUUCGUGGGAAAUGGCAGCAAAUGAACCUCUCAAAACCCACAGAGAAUAAGGGAAGGCAGCAGAAGUGUCUCCAGGGCCAUCACUGGGUCUGCUGGCUUCUACACUGCGUUCUGCUGCUGCCCAGACCCCAAAGAAGACUGCAGGGGGCUCAAGGUUGGGGACAAGGAGUAUCCCAGUGCUUGCAGGGCUAGGCCUCCACUGCCUUUGGUCUUGCCUCCUCAACAGCUCUAGGCACUGGGAGAGUGAAGAGUUUGCCUCUACCCUUAUCUGGGUACCUUAAGGAAAGAAGUUUUGUUCUUCCUUGCUCAGGAGUCAGAGCUCAGGAGAAGCCUCUGGGUUGGGGAGGCCAACAGUCCCUUUUUUGUCUUGAUUCCUUCCUGUCCCUCUCCCUAUCCCCCUGGGAUGUGAUCCCAUAAAGAUCUGUCCCUAUGAGAGGAAGCCUGAGGUUUACCAGCUGUGGGAUUUGUAAGGGAAGUUUGUUUUCCCUGAAGCCCUGAGUUUCCUGAAUUUCUUUGGUUUUGCUUUGUUGGCAAGGAGCCAGGGAAUCCUGGCCUGGGCCAGGCCUUAUACUCUAUGGUUACUUAGCUGACAAUUCAGGUAUAAGGCAGGGUGUUCCUGCUGGCACCAUCUAGACAGAGGCACCAAACACUCACCUCCCUGGCCCAGCCAGACCUCUCCAGGUAUUAGCCAAGCAAAAGAAAAUUGUUAUCUCCCAACUGUCCUAUUAAUAUUCCUCUUAGUCCUUCUUAGGGGUAAGCUGGGUGCCUGAAAGAGGCAGAGCCCACCAGCUAAGCCCUUGGGGUAGCCCCCACUGCUUAAGUACCCAGGGGGUCUUGGGUCUGUACCUUGCGCUCAUAGGGAGGUACUAAGCAGUUAGUGCAAAAUGGCUCCAUCAUGCCCUACAGCCUCAUCAUUUCCCAUCCAGACCUGGUACAGAGAGGGGUCUCAACCUAAUAGCCUACAGGCUCAGCUCCUCCCCACUAGCACCAUCUGAGCCUCCAGGAACCCUCAACAGGAAAGCCACAGGCCAGGCAAGCCCUGCCACCUUUACAAUGGGCAUGGGGAGCUUCCCAAGGUGUAGGUAACAAAUGCCCCCACAGAAACACCAGUUCCUGAAAACAUUUUGGCCCUGGACCCACCUGCUUCCCUGACGGCCAUACUUCUGUCUCCCUCUGCUGGGCCACCAGCUACCUUAAUGUCCUACUGCCUGCUUCCUCUCUGUUGGAUGUCACAUUUCCAGCUGGCUGCCUUCACCUAGGCCAUCUUUGUGGCAGAGGUGCACUGGAAGUGGGGCAGCAGUGAGCUCAUGUACAUGUCCCCACUCCAGAGAUGUCUUCUGGCUGGCAGGAUGAUGGUCUUCACAGCCCCAGGCCUACGCACUAAUACCACCACACACAGAAUCAGGGGUACAUUUCACCCCAGGCUCAACUGAGGAUGUGGCUUA